AUAAAAAAUGUACAACUAUGGACCCUGAAUCUUUCAGUGACAGUGAUCUAGCGUUUAGAAGGGUUAGGUACUACGGUUUAACGUGAAAGGAUAUUCGGUAAUGCACAGUCCCAGACAGUCUGCACUCACAUAUCACUAAUCAGCCAGCCAAGUCAACCAACCAGACACAGACAGUCAGCAGAGCACACCGGCGAGGAUGGAACACUGACAAUUCAAAAUAGGACAACCGAUCUUGAGACAUUCGUGAAUAGUAUUAUAAUUUACUUUUCAUCAAGUUGGAUGGAAGAAAUUCGAUCAUUUCUCCUACGUCACUUGUCAAGAAAAUAUGACAAGUGUAACAAUGACAACGUGUCUUGCAGGUAACGUUAGCAAGCAACGAUGCUAGCUUAGCGUGAUAGCUAACUAUAUCCUUUCAAGACUGGAACUGACACCGAAGUCUAAGGCCGGUGGAGACCGUCUCUCUCAAUACCUGGGAUAAUGAAUGUCGGUGUUACGUUACCAUGCUGUUCUUGUGAUUGUUCGACCUCGUCUUCAUUUUUUUCUCGCUAGAUAACGUAACUAGCUACCCUUGCUAGCUACAGUACGUUUUGUCUCACUUCAGUUACAGGACAAGCGAGCUAGCCAGCUGCAUAAGAUGCAGUUACGUCGUCAGUUACUGUAGUGAAAGGCAAACACCUAGGUUAGAGUCAGCUAGCCUACAGCAACCAAGUGACUGAGUGACAACCUGUCAAAAUACAUGUUAUAUCUGCUAGCUAGUCACUUUGUGCCAGGAUGGUCAUUUGAAUGGAAAUGCAUUUUUACUGUUGGAUUUGGCACCAGUUGGACACCAUUCACAGCACAGUAGGAGCGAAUUUCAAGUUUUCAAAGGAAAUGAGAGGAAGACAUCAAAGUUAACAAACCUUACGUCGUUAGUGUAAGUUUGGUUAGCAGUGAUAGCUAAUUAGCUUUAGUUUCGGUGAAACAGUUAUUUUUGCUAUUUUACCACGGGGGACAAUGAAGAGAACCGAAAAUAAAAACAAAAGAAAACUCAUUGCUGAACAGCAAGGACGAGGCGGGACUGCGGAGAAAGAUGUGAAUGAGUUUGCCGUGCCCCCUCCCCUGCUGUUCAGGAAGUUGAGUAACCCCGACUUGUCCCCUGCCGCCAACAAGACCAAACUACAGCGACAGCUUAGCCAGGAUGAUGGCCGUGCACGGCGUAGCAGUAUGGCUAUGACUGGUAAGCAGCUCCUGCCCCUCUCCAGCAGUAUGCACGGUGGGGUGAGUCAUCUAACCUGGCAGCCUCCUGGAGAGCCCCCCAACAACCUGGUCCGCAUGAGGAACCAGUCCCUGGGCCAGUCGGCACCGUCACUCACUGCUGGGCUGAAGGAGCUCAGUCUUCCAAGGAGGGGCAGUUUAAUCUGGCCGGCCGCUCAGCACCGCUGCCAUGGCAACAGCAGCCUCCUGCAGCACCUGCUCUCCCCCCCUUCCGUCCCUCCCUCCUUCCACACCUCCUCCUCCCAGCCCUCCCUCCUCCUCUACUCCUCCUCUUCUGCCCGCCCAGAGGGCCCCCUGUCAGCCCCUGUCCACCAGGGGGGGAACCCCUUCCUCUGGAGCUGUCGGACCAGCAACCGGAAGAGCCUGAUCGUGACGUCCAGCACCUCUCCGACCCUUCCCCGGCCACAUUCACCACUACAUGGACAUCCAGGGAGCAGUCCUCUGGACAGUCCUAGAAACUUCUCCCCAAACACGGCAGCACACUUCUCCUUUGUUCCAGCUCGAAGUCACGGGCACAGGGCUGACAGGACUGAUGGCCGACGUUGGUCACUGGCUUCCCUGCCCUCAUCCGGAUAUGGCACCAACACUCCCAGCUCCACUGUCUCGUCAUCCUGUUCAUCCCAGGAGAAGCUGCACCAGCUGCCUUUCCAGCCCACGGCGGACGAGCUCCAUUUCCUCACCAAGCACUUCAGCUCUGAGAGUAUUACGGAUGAAGAGGGACGACACUCACCCAUGCGACCCCGAUCACGCAGCCUCAGCCCCGGUCGCUCUCCCAUCUCCUUUGACCAUGAGAUCGUCAUGAUGAACCAUGUCUACAAAGAGCGCUUUCCCAAGGCCACGGCUCAGAUGGAGGAGCGCCUGGCUGACUUCCUGUCAUCCUCAGCCCCUGACAAAGUGAUGCCCCUGGCCGAUGGGGUCCUCAGCUUCAUCCACCACCAAGUCAUAGAGCUGUCCAGAGACUGCCUGGACAAAAGUCGAGACGGCUGCAUCACCUCACGCUACUUUUACGAGCUGCAGGAGAACCUGGAGAAACUGCUGCAAGACGCUCACGAACGCUCGGAGAGUGUUGAGGUCACCUUUGUGACCCAGCUGGUGAGGAAGCUGAUGAUCAUCAUCGCUCGUCCUGCGCGCCUCUUGGAAUGUCUGGAGUUUGACCCAGAGGAGUUCUACCACCUGUUGGAGGCAGCGGAGGGCCAUGCCAAGGAGGGGCAGGGCAUCAAGUCCGACAUCCCCCGCUACAUCAUCAGCCAGCUGGGACUGACCAGAGACCCCCUGGAGGAGAUGGCCCAGCUGAGCAGCUACGACAGCGGGAACCCUGAGACACCGGAGACUGACGACUCUUUGGAAAGUCGAGGUGCCACGGUACCGGCCGUAGCUCCCCCUAAAACCAAGGCCCCCCGCGAGGAGGACUUUGAGAACAUCAAGCUCAUCAGCAACGGAGCCUACGGGGCUGUUUUCCUGGUGCGACACAAGGAGACGCGGCAGCGCUUUGCCAUGAAAAAGAUCAACAAGCAGAACCUGAUCCUGAGGAACCAGAUCCAGCAGGCCUUUGUGGAGAGAGACAUCCUGACAUUUGCAGAGAACCCCUUUGUGGUCUCCAUGUUCUGCUCCUUCGAGACACGCCGACACCUCUGCAUGGUCAUGGAGUACGUGGAGGGUGGCGACUGCGCAACCCUGCUGAAGAACAUCGGGGCUUUGCCGGUGGACAUGGCACGCAUGUACUUCGCUGAGACCGUGCUGGCGCUGGAGUACCUCCACAACUACGGCAUAGUGCACCGAGACCUGAAACCCGACAAUCUUUUGAUUACUUCACUGGGCCACAUCAAGCUGACGGACUUCGGCCUGUCUAAGAUCGGUCUGAUGAGCCUCACCACGAACCUGUAUGAAGGACACAUAGAGAAGGAUACCAGGGAGUUCCUGGAUAAACAGGUGUGCGGGACCCCAGAGUACAUUGCUCCCGAGGUGAUCCUGAGGCAGGGCUAUGGGAAGCCAGUGGACUGGUGGGCCAUGGGAGUCAUCCUGUAUGAGUUCCUGGUGGGCUGUGCUCCCUUCUUCGGAGACACCCCAGAGGAGCUCUUCGGACAGGUCAUCAGUGAUGAGAUAAUUUGGCCCGAGGAGGACGAGGCUCUCCCUAGCGAUGCCCAGGACCUCAUCUCUAAAUUCCUCAGACAGAACCCUCUGGAGAGGCUGGGCACUGGCAGUGCGUUUGAGGUGAAGCAGCACCGGUUCUUUUACGACCUGGAUUGGAAUGGUCUGUUGAGACAGAAGGCAGAGUUCAUCCCUCAGCUGGAGUCAGAGGAUGACACCAGCUACUUCGACACCCGUUCAGACAGGUACCACCACGUGGAUUCUGAAGACGAAGAUGACACUAAUGACGACGAGCACUUAGAGAUUCGCCAGUUCUCCUCCUGCUCGCCCCGCUUCAGUAAAGUCUACAGCAGCAUGGAGCGCCUGUCCCUCCACGAGGAGAAGCGAACACCACCGCCCACCAAGCGCAGCCUCAGUGAGGAGGGAGGGGAGCGCAUCGACAGCCUCAGUGGGCUAAAGUCCAGAGACCGCUCCUGGCUGGUGGGGUCCCCUGAAAUCCUGCGUAAGCGCCUGUCCGUCUCCGAGUCGUCCCACACAGAGAGUGACUCGAGCCCUCCUCUGACGGUUCGUAGGCGCUGUUGCUCCGCCAUCAUUGAGAUGCCUCGUUUUGCCAUCUCCUCGGAAGAGGAGGGAGGGAUGUCCACCAGCCGUAAGAGCCCCAGCCUGCUCACCCAGACCCCCGGUGUGAUCAGGGGCCCCCGCAGUGAGGAGCUGCCCCUCUCCAUCCCCGAGCUCCCUGUAGAGAGAGAGCUGAAACUGGACGAGUCCCCCACCACACCUGGGUCAGCCGGCAGCCAGCAGAGCAGAGCCACAUUCACACCGGGUAGUUCUGGAGAUGUAUGUGACCGUUUUACCGGGUCUGGAGUGGACAGUUCCAGCUCUACGCCCAAGGCCAUCAGUGACCUGGCAGCUCGCAGAGCCCGCCACAGACUGCUGUCCGGAGACACAGACAAACACACCCAAUCCAGACCCCUCAAUAAGGUCAUCAAGUCGGCCUCCGCUACCACCCUCUCUCUCAUGAUCCCUUCAGACCACCAUGGAGCCUCCCCAUUGGCCAGUCCCAUGUCACCCCACUCCCUCUCGUCCAAUCCCUCGUCCAGAGACUCGUCGCCCAGCAGGGACCUGUCCCCGGCCGUAGCCAACGUCAAACCUGCCAUUGUCAUCCACAAGGCGGGCAAGAAGUACGGCUUCACCCUGCGUGCCAUCCGGGUGUACAUGGGAGACACCGACAUCUACACUGUGCAUCACAUGGUCUGGCAUGUGGAGGACGGAGGUCCGGCCCAGGAUGCGGGGCUGAGGGAAGGUGACCUCAUCACCCACGUGAACGGAGAGGCUGUCCACGGCCUGGUCCACACUGAGGUGGUGGAGCUCAUCCUCAAGAGCGGAGGUAAGGUGUCGAUCUCGGCCACUCCUUUCGAGAACACCUCCAUCAAGGUGGGCCCCGCUCGGAAGACCGGGUCCAAGUCGAAGAUGGCCCGUCGCAACAAGAAGACCAAGACCAAAGAGGGAGGCCAGGAGAGCAGCAGUAAGAAGAAGAACUCUUUGUUCAGGAAGAUCACUAAGCAGGCGUCUCUUCUCCACACCAGCCGAAGUCUGUCCUCUCUGAACCGCUCUCUGUCCUCUGGAGAGAGUGGACAGGGUUCCCCCACACACAACCUAUCCCCCCGGUCGCCCACACAGGGCUAUCGCUCCACGCCAGACUCGGCACACUCUGUAGGGGGAACCUCGUCUCAAAGCAGCUCCCCUAGCUCCAGCGUACCCAACUCCCCAGCCAGCUCUGGUCACAUCCGGCCCAGCUCCCUCCACGGUCUCGCCCCCAAGCUUCAGCGCCAGUACCGCUCCCCUCGCCGCAAGUCGGCCGGCAACAUCCCCCUGUCCCCCUUGGCCCGCACCCCUUCUCCGACCCCACAGAGCACGUCCCCCCAGCGCUCCCCGUCCCCCCUGCCUGGCCAUCUGGGCUCCUCGUCUAUGGGCCAGUCGUUCCCUGUCAAGCUCCACUCCUCCCCCCCUCUGGUCAGGCAGAUCUCCAGACCUAAGAGCGCCGAACCACCGCGCUCCCCACUCCUCAAACGAGUACAGUCCGCCGAAAAGCUAGCCUCCUCUCUCUCGUCGUCGUCGUCCUCCCCCUCUCCGUCAGGGGCCGCGAGUGACAAGAAGCUGCCCACGGCGGCGACGGGCCGUAAGCACAGCCUGGACAUCUCCCACCAGGAGUUUAAGAAAGAGAUGCUCCAGAGAGACCCAAGUCUGCAGAGCCUGCAAGAGUCGGCAGGGGAGAGAGAGGGCCUGCAGCUGGGGCCUGGGAUGGGGGGCCGCGGGGGUCCCGUGGAGAUGGGCAGCCUGAACAAGCACCCGUCCUCUGGCAGAAAGCUGGGGCGCCAAGAGGUUGAGGGGUCGCCGGCGGCCGGAUCUCUCGGCCUGGCCCCCGGGAAGAGCAAACUGAAGGACAAGCUGUCAGCCAUUAGACAGGACCGCGCAGAGAGGAGGGAGUCCCUGCAGAAGCAGGAUGCCAUACACGAGGUGGACUCUUCCGAGGACGAGACGGACGAAUGCUCGGAGGACAGUCAGGAUGGCGUGGUGGAAAUAAGUGCACCUUCACCCCCCCGCUGCUGCGCCCCACCUCCGUCAUGGCCGCCACUGCCCGCACGGGACCCGGGGGCACCCUCCCCUCCCUGUGUCUGGCCCCCUCCUCCACUCUGCUCCCCAGCAGAGCUGCAUUGCCCUCCUCGCUCCCAGAACACAAGCCCACUCACAGUGCUCCUUCGCAGGGAGGGAAGGACAGAAACCCCGCCCCUUCAAGUGACUGUCAGAAGAGAGAGGGAAAGGCUUCGGACCCCGGGUCCAAGUUUACCCAGAGCCCCCUGUCCAAUGCCUUCGCCACCCCCGGCAGUGCUUUCAGCUCAGUCAAUAAGGAUACAUUCCCUAAGCCUUCUGCUUCGUCUCCACAUCAGGACUGGAGGAGCCCCAAGCUGCCCGAGGCCAGAGUGAGGAGCAGUAGUCCUGGGUUAUGGAGUGAGGAAAGAGACUCCGGCCUGGAGGCCCCCAGAUCCAGCCCCACCGGGUCCAUUGAUGGUAGUGACAUAGCCCCU